AUGACACAGAUGACAGCUGUUGAUGAUGGAGGACCUCUUCGAGAAUUCUUUCGCCUUCUCAUACUUGAAACUGGAAAUGUUGUUAGCAUCUUUUGUGGAUCAGAAGGAAAGAGAGUUCCAGCACACAAUGUUUUGGCUUUACAGCGAAACGAGUAUUUCUUUGUUGGAAAGUGUAUUGCUUUGUCAAUCACUUACGGUGGACCAGGACCACAUUUCUUCAGUAAAAGUAUUGCAAGAUAUCUGUGCGGAGAGUCGAUUACUAGUCCUGAGCUAGAAGUUCCAGACUAUGAAAUCAGAGAGAAGAUUGAAAAGGUUAGCAAAGUUCAGACAACUGAACAGCUCCGUGUUCUGCUUGACAGUGAGGAAUUAUCAUUUCGCUUUGAAUUUGGUUUUAGUGCUCCCAACCGUGAACUUAAUUUGGAAGACAAAUCAGACAUAGUGAAGAGCCUGAGUUUUCAUUACUUGGUUUAUGCCAAUCGAGCUGAGCUAGAUCAACUUAUGGAUGGACUUCAGCUAAUGCAACAAAACUCCACACUUUUCAGACCACUAUUACAGUUGACAACAAUACCUUUAUUGACCACUUCACAAAUGUUGAAGUUGUUCAAACCUGUCUGGUCUGAACUGGGAUCAAAUAAACGUGAGGAAAAAGAGUCAAUAAUUUUGAAUUAG